AUGUCUGAACUGUAUAUUGAUCCAUUACCAUCGAGUGAUGUUCCUACUCCUGUCGAUAAUGCUGCAGAGGAUAAUAUUGACGCAUCUGGUAAGAAUUCUCUUAAUCAAAAUUUGGGGAAAAAUGUUCUUAACUCCCAUAUUGUUGUUGAUGCUAAUAUUGCAAGUCCUGAAUACAGGCAAGUUUUUGUUCGUGGAAAGUGUGUAAAAUUCUCACCAACUGUGAUUAACCAAUAUUUGCAAAGAAGUACUGAUGAGGUGGCUGCCUUAAAAGUCACAGACAAUGAGGUCUGCAAGGUCCUCACAGGUGGCAGGAUUAAGAGGUUGUUAGAUGGGACAAAUGUUGCAGCAGGUGUUGGCACAUCUGUCCAGGCUGGUGUACUUUCAAGAAAGCAUAUGAUUGCAGAUCUGACUGAAGCAAGCAGAGCUCUUGAGGAAUUUCAAAUGGCAUCCCAAAUUACCCUUGAACAGAAAUUUAAGAAGCUACUAAACUCAAAGCCAGCACCCCAAAAUUCACGACCAAAGAUACAAAGGGUGGCAGAAUAUCUCCGAAAAAGGGAGAAUUUAGAAAAGCAUUACACACCCAAGUUGGUGUCGGUAGGUCCAAUUCAUCAUGAAAUUGCAAAUCUUAAGUUAGGAGAGAAGUACAAGCUUAAGUGGGCAGCACAAUACAUCGAAAACACCAGCGACACUGAACAGGAUCUACACAAAAAGAUUACAGAUAACAUUGUCAAACUAAAAAGUCAUUUUGCAGACGAUGUUUUAGCUUUAACCGGUACCAAAGAGUCUCUAGAAGGCUUCACUAGCCUUGAAGAAAAGUUGUCGUGGAUGUUGUUCGUGGAUGGAUGUUCUCUGCUGCAUAUCUUGGAGCAUGCCGAUCUUAGAAAACCAGAAGCUAUGAAUAUUAAGGUUGAUCAACUUAUUCUUGUAAUGAUGGAUGUAAUUUUGUUGGAGAAUCAACUUCCAUAUCCUGUACUGAAACUGUUGUGGAAAAAUGACAAUGAUGCUGAAUUGAAAGAAACCAUGAAGGAAUUCCUCAAAUUUCAUCAUUGGGACACAGCAGACAAUAGGCAGAUAUGGAGGUCACGCAUUCAAGGUCAUUGGUUAUCAAUACAGAAUGAGUCUGUAUCAGAGUCACCCGUUCAUCUUCUUGAUCUUCAGCGUAAAAUCUUCUUCACUAAAUCUUCUUCUAAGACUGAAGCUAACAAGAAGAAUCAAGGUACAAAUUCAAGGGAACCGGUGACAUACAGGAACAUACAAGAUCUAAAAGCUGCGGGAAUAAAACUUGAGCCAAGUGCGACACGAAGACCAACAGAUAUAGAUUUCUUCGAUGGUUGGUUCGCUGCAAAACUGACUCUUUCUGAAAUGGUUGCGGACGAAAGCACAAUCGCUACCUUUCUCAACUUGACAGCAUACGAGAUGUGUCCUGAUUUUGAGAAUGAUUAUGGGGUAUGUUCUUUUGUAGCUUUCAUCGACUCACUCAUCGACUGUCCUGAAGAUGUGAGGGAAUUGAGAUCGAAAGGGAUUUUGCACCAUUGCCUUUCUAGUGACGAGGAAGUUGCAAAUAUUUUUAAUCUCAUAGGUAAGGACUUGGUAGAUAACACAGAAAUAUAUUUUGACGUUCGUGAUAAAAUAAACAAGCAUUGCUGCAAUAAAUACAAGACUCUGAUUGGGCUUGGUAUUAACACCUAUUUCAACAAUCCUUGGGCGUGUAUUGCUUUCCUAGCCGCCUUUAUCGCAUUGAUUCUCACUUUUGUUCAAACAUGGUUUACCAUUUACCCGGCUAACAAAUAAUAAAGGUGGUUUCUUAUGGCUAUGUUGUUUCUGUACAAUUAAAAAUUAUGAAAUAAAAGUAUGUCCACGCUUAAUUGCA